GUCCCAAGUAGCGCUGUGGAAUUCGAAUUUAAAAAAUCUUAUUUUUUAAUAAUCCGAGUUGCACAAAGCUAGUUGGGACGAGACAGUAAAGAUUCGAAUUCCACAGUGCUAGUUGGGACGAGGCAGCAAAGAAAAAUGACCUUCGUGAUGAGAUGCUGUUUGGUGAUGUUGCUGGUCAUGCCAGUUCUUGCUUUGAGUCCCGGAGAUAUCGGCGAUGUCACGACGCCACCUUCAGGCUGUCAGCUUUGUGCCAGUACUGGAGACUGUUCUCAAGCAUUUCGCAAUGGCCCAGGCCAGUUCUGUGGCACUUGGAUGGAUCGCUCCAGUCAUGAACUCCCGUGUUGCUGUCCGCUUAACGCCGUCUGCAACGUAUCGCCAGCUGACUACGUGUGUACUUGUGCAUACGUUGGCGCGAUGCCUCCGUAUCACAGCGAUAGCGACUUUAUGAACAAAGUUCUGUGGCUGUGGUGGAUCAUCGGUGUUGUAGCGGUGGUCGCUGUCUGUGGAGCUUGCUGCUACUUCCUAGUGAAGCGAAUGGUGGACCAGAGCGACGGAAGCUACUCAUACGUAUCACCAGAGGUGGUCGCUCCUCUUGUUUCACCUACCCGAGAAGCUCUCUAUCGCAGCACAGGGCAAACAUUUGCGAAGGAAUCAGAGUCUGCAGCAGGAGCGGGUGAAAGAACAGCAAUCGGGGCAGCUCCAGGGAUAUGGGGAGGUGUGCCACAGACCACUCAUUUGGAUCUUGACGUUGGUGGCGACGGCUUUGACGGAGGUCUGGGUAGCGUUGAGAAAGAUCAAGAAGCUGACGAAGCUAAACAAGGCGAAAGUGACGCGGAAGAUGGAGAGGAGAUUGCUCUACUGACAGUGCAAUCAAACGAGUAGGUUGUUCCAGUCUAUAGCAACGAGAAUCGAUUAAGCAGUUUUUUUUAGGCCUAUCGGGUUUAUGAAACCAUUAUUUGCGGCGCUGUUGGCGUUCGAGAGCUGCAGUAACGAGUCGACUGAACUCGCUCUUGAAAACGUUGGGGGUGUCGAAUGUAGUCGCAACAACACGCAAAUGGCUCGGCAGACGAGAUUUCGAAGCCAGUGGCAUUGCCAUAUUAUUGUUCCCCGUCGAGUGCUCGAAUACGAGGCACUGAGAACUGUCCAAGCCAGCGUUCUGAAUAAACCACUCGUACCUUGCACACAAACACUAGUAUAGUGACUCAAACAUCACUCAUGCACACGAUUAAUACGAACCAGAGCAUGGCCUCGCUCUCGUGGACAUGAGACUCCGGGUUGUAGACAAGAAUAACACCGUCUGUCUCCUUCAUCACUGCAGGCCAGCACGCCUCAUAGCUGAAAGGGGAUCAACGAAUUAGCCGAGUAUGCUAUUAUUUCUAUGCCUCAGCUUACUUCUGGUCUCCUGACACGUCCCAGAGCUCCACAUUCGUUUUGCCCUUCUCGAGCUCGAGGAUACGGACACCAACAGUCGGUUGAUAGCGCUCUUGGCUACCCAGGCGGUCCGUAUGUUCGGCGAGAAAAUUGGCGAUCUAGACACAGAUACAACAUGAGCGAGAAGUGUAGACGCCAAUUGCAAUUGUCAAACAAGCGUACUGUGGACUUGCCGGCUUCCUUGGGCCCGACGAUGAGAAUCUUGAGCGGCGCCAUCCGACGCGACGGUUUGGAUGGGAUUGAUAA